AUGCGAGGUUUUGAAGUCAGCUCUUUCUUUGCAAUAUUUGCACUUGUCCUCUGUUUGACGACAUCUGAUGCAGCACAAGACAAUGAAGACGAUGUUUUGAUGAAAAACAUAUCAACUUUACAUUUUCAACUGUUUACGUCCAUCCAAAAGAAAACAAAAUUGAUCAAGACAGCUGUAUUUGAGACCCAGUGCAGUGGAUCAGGCUGUACGUUCAAUGGUUGCGAGUCCAGUGGAUCCGAAACCUGUGAUGGGCAGAUGUUCACAAAGUUGAAUACGAUCCAAUCAAGUAUCAUCAAUAUUUUGAAAAAAAAGCCAGAAACUAUGGUUUGUAAACAAGGAUGGAAACGUUACAACGGCCACUGCUACCACUUAUUCAAUGAAAAAAUGAACUGGUUUCAAGCACAGAUUUUCUGUAGAAACCAAGGUACAACUCUGCUUCAAAUCAAUGAUGCAAAUGAAAAUAAGUGGCUGACUGAGAACUUUCCAAAUGUUGCGUAUUGGAUUGAUUUCACUGAUGUUGGUAUGGAGGGAAAAUGGGUGACACUUUCAACAGGAAAAAAUGAGUACAGUAACUGGGAUAGAGGACAACCCGAUAACUCCGCUGGUAAGCAGCACUUUGCGAUCAACAAUUAUGGAAAAAGACUUGGACUUUGGAACGAUGGAGAAAUUGCCUUGACAUUUCAAGCAAUGUGCGAAACAUCGGGUUCAGGGUUCUGACCGAGAAAAGAUGGUAAAAGAUGGUGAAAGAAUGGACAAACCAUAUGAGAAUAAAAU